AUGGAGCAGCAACAGCAGCAGCAGCAGCAGCCGCAGCCGCAGCAGCCGCAACAGCCGCAACAGCCGCAGCAACAGCCGGCCAGCGGCGUCCCAGGACCUACCGGGCGACGGCUUCACAUUGCUCAUCGACGAAGCCCUUCGGAGCUGACGCCCUUGAUGAGCAUGUUUGCCAACCCAGGAAUGGAACAACUAGCCAUCCAGCAACAGAUUGAGCUCUUGCAGCAGCAGCAGCAACAGAUCCAAGCGACCCAUCAACAAUAUGUAAAUAUGGGCAUGAUGCCUCCCGGCCAGCCCAUUGCCCACAACGGAGCGUUCAAUCCUUUGCAGUCCAUGGGCAACAUGUCCCAAUCCGCCUUCCAGUUUCCCAACCAGAUGCCGCAACAGAACAUCUCAAUGGGUCCCCCGUCCCAACCACUCUCACAUCGCCGUAAUCAGUCGGCACUGCCCAACAUGGGCAUGGGCCCCCCACCAGCUCCCUCGUCUGGCGCCUCUGGCUCUGGCUUCGGUAACUUCGAGGCUCCGGCAGCACACGGACGAGAGAAUGCCGGCGGGCGAGGCGGCCGCGGAGGCGGCUCUGGGCCCGGCCACCAGCGAAGACAUUCUCUUGCUCUGGCCGAUGCCAAGAAAGCUGCCGAGCUCGCUCAGCAGAAACGAACGACAACCGGGUUCCAGUUCCCCGGCCCUGCUGCCUCCGACAAGCCGGACGACGAGAACAGUAAGGUGACCGCUACCCAGUCCACCCUUGAUGCCUCGGUGGCUCAGGGCUCAACUCGUGGCCGCGGAGGCCAUGGCCGCAGUCAGAGCUUGGCUGCAAAUGGACGUGGGGGCGCUCGCAUGGGCAACGAUGGGGGCAACGACUUCCAGCGCCGAGGAGGAGGCAUGGGCCAUGCCCGCACCGGGUCUCGAAACUACGAGGGUAACUGGCGCACUCAGAAUCAGGCCCAGGACCAGUCGGGCAAUUCUGGCCAGUCCCAAUCGUUCCAACCAGGUCACCGAUCCCGUGGUUCCAUGAACCAGUCCGUCUCAUCCAUUGGCGCUUUUCAGUAUGCCUCCAAUCAACCGCAGCUCAUGCAAAUGCCCGGUCAAAUGAUGAUGCCCUCGAUGUAUGGCCAGCAACUGAAUCCCAUGCAACUUGGCCAGCUGCAGGCCCUGCAAGCCGCCCAGAUGAACGGCCAGCAGUUUCAAGGCCUUCAAAGCUCCCAGCACGCGGGCCCGGCUGGUGGCCAGCAACAGCAGCGCAAGACGCUGUUCACUCCAUAUCUCCCCCAGGCAUCUCUCCCUGCCUUGCUUGGAGAUGGCCAGCUCGUCUCUGGUAUCCUGCGCGUUAACAAGAAGAACAGAAGCGACGCCUACGUCACUACCCAAGACGGCCUCCUGGAUGCCGAUAUCUUCAUUUGCGGUAGCAAGGAUCGCAACCGAGCCCUGGAGGGCGACCUUGUUGCCGUGGAGCUCUUGAAUGUUGACGAGGUGUGGUCGCAGAAGAGAGAAAAGGAAGAGAAGAAGAAACGCAAGGAUAUUACCGACACGCGGUCCGGCUCCACGCACCAAUCCAGCCAGAACUCGGGACAAAACGAUGACAACAACGCGCCCGAGGGCGGAAUCCGCCGCCGUGGUAGCCUGCGUCAGCGCCCGACCCAAAAGAAGAACGAUGAUGUUGAGGUCGAGGGCCAAAGCCUGCUACUCGUCGAGGAGGAAGAGAUCAACGAUGAGCAGAAACCCCUCUACGCCGGCCACAUUGUCGCCGUCGUCGAACGUGUUGCCGGCCAGAUGUUUUCCGGUACCCUGGGCUUGCUGCGCCCUAGCAGCCAGGCCACCAAGGAAAAGCAAGAGGCAGAAAGGGCCGCUCGAGAUGGUGGCAGCGGCCGCCAGAACGACUCUCGUCAACAUGAAAAACCCAAGAUUGUUUGGUUCAAGCCUACCGACAAGCGCGUUCCCCUGAUUGCCAUCCCCACAGAGCAGGCCCCUCGUGAUUUUGUCGAGAAGCAUCAGGAUUAUGCUGAUCGGAUCUUUGUCGCCUGCAUCAAGCGUUGGCCCAUUACUUCUCUGCACCCCUUCGGCACACUUGUGGAACAGCUCGGACGCAUGGGCGAGCUCAAGGUCGAGACCGAUGCCCUCUUGAGGGACAACAACUUCUCCUCAGACGAGUUCUCCGACGCCGUCCUCCGCAACGUCGGCCUCCAGGACUGGGCUUUGGACAAGGAGGAUGAAUCUGCCAUCGCCUCCCGCCGUGACUUCCGCCAGGAGAAUACAUUCACAAUUGACUUCAAUGGGAGUGCGGAACUCGGCAAUGCCGUUCAUGUCAAGACGCUGCCCGAUGGCAAGAUCGAGAUUGGCAUCCACGUGCCCGACGUUGCAUACUUCGUGAAGCCCAACUCACUGGUGGACCGCGAAGCCAAGAAACGCGGUACCUCUGUUCAGCUGCUUAACCGAUUUUGCCCCCUGCUGCCCCCAAAGCUGUCUCGCGAGAUUUGCUCACUCGGCCCCGACCAGGACCGACUCACCGUCAGUGUUGUGUUCAACGUGAACCCUCACAACGGAUCCGUCGCCGAGGCUGACAGCUGGGUGGGCCGAAGUGUCGUGAAGAGCAGCGGCAAGGUGUCGUUGGAAGACAUGGACACUGCCCUCAAUGACCCGUCGGCGUUCUCGAAUGGGGCCGUUUCGGUAAACACCAUCCAAAUCCUCCAGGGGGUUGCACAGAAGUUCCGAGAAACCCGUCUAGGCGCAGGAGGGGAACCGAUUGCGCCUCUGCGACUCAUGCAGCAGUUGGACGAUGAGAACAAUCCAGUGCAGGACAAUAUUUUCAAUUCGACUCUGGCCUUGGAGAUGAUUGAGGAGCUUAUGCACAAGGCGAACGCGCACGUGGCCCAGCGUCUGGCGGAAGGACUCCCCGAGAAGGCGCUUCUUCGUCGCUUGGCCGCCCCGAAUCCGCGUCGUCUUCAGACAUUUGUCGACCGUAUGACAGCUCUCGGAUACGAAAUUGAUGCGUCCGGAAGCGGAGCCCUGCAGAACAGCUUGUUCAAGGUGGACGACACUGAACUCCGCAAGGGCAUGGAGACGCUGGCCCUCAAGUCCAUGCAGCGAGCCAAAUACUUCAUCGCGGGUAAGACAGUCAAGCCGCUGUGGUCGCACUACUCGCUGAAUCUCCCCCUCUACACUCAUUUCACGUCGCCUACUCGUCGGUACGCGGACAUCAUCGUCCACCGGCAGCUGGAGGCCGUUCUAUCAGAGGGCAAGAUCGAGUUUACGGACGACAUGGAGAACCUGGUCAAGACGGCCGAGUCAUGCAACACGAAAAAGGACUCGGCUCAGAACGCACAGGAGCAGAGCAUCCACGUCGAGUCGUGCCGCACCAUGGACAAGAAGCGACAGGAAGUCAAUGGAGAUCUCAUCGCCGAAGGCAUCGUGCUUUGCGUAUACGAAUCGGCCUUUGAUGUGCUUAUCCCGGAGUGGGGAUUCGAGAAGCGGGUGCACUGCGACCAGCUGCCGCUGAAGAAGGCGGAGUUCAGGAAGGAGAAGAGAAUUCUCGAGCUGUACUGGGAGAAGGGAGUACCCAGCUCGGCGUUCGUUCCGGACGACGAACGACCCAAGGCGGCGGCAUCUCAGAGAAUGACCAACGCCAUGGCGGCCGCGAAACAGGCCGAAGAGGCGGAGCGCGUGAAGAGGGAGCGCGAGGAGGCGGCGCGCAAACAGACGGAGACGGGGACAAUGUCGACCGACGACGUGGAUGCCCUGUUUGACGACGACGAUGACAAUACGUCAGACAGCGUCCCCGGCUCGCCGGCUCGCACGUCGUCGAACGCCGGGACGCUGCAUCGGACACGCUCUGACUCGAAGGUGCCAGUUUCUGAGACCGUCGAGGCGCGCCUGACUAACAAGGAAAAGUAUCUCAAGCUGUUCAAACUACGAGAAGAGGGCGGGGAUCACAUUCAAGAUGUGACGGAGAUGACGAGGGUCCCCAUCAUAUUGAAGACGGACCUUAGCAAGAGCCCACCAUGCUUGACCAUCCGGUCCCUGAACCCGUUUGCACUGUGA